AUGAGCCAAGGCAGCCGUAGUCCUCCAAGGUCUCGCAAAAUCCGAACCGAGCGUUUCUCCUACCGUGAUGCCCCAUACAGGAGGGAUUUCCGUGGUUCGAGGUACUCUUCCGAACAUUCAUAUCUUUUGCUACUUAUACUGUUUUUUCUUUUUAAAUAAUUCUCCGACACAUUUACUCAGAAUUAAAUUGUGACUUUAUCUGCUGUAAUUUUUAUUGAUGUUUGGGUUUGCUGUGGUUUUUCCUUCACACAUUGUUUCUUCUGACUUCAUUAGCCCUCUUGGUGGGUUUUGUACACCUUGCUGCAGAUCAAUCAAUGUGCCUACGACUCAUCCAUUGUCGUCAGAAUAUAGUUUCCCUUUUUUACGUAGCGAGUUCAAUGCCACUUUGUUUCACAUAACAACAGUGUAAAGCAUCAUACUUUUUGCGGGAAAAAUUGAAUUCGAGAAUAGGCCAUAUUAACACGAAGAAGGGAAGGCCUGGUAUUCGGGAAAAUUUUGAUUUGUAAACCAUCCCUUAUAUGGCGAACAUCUGGAGGCUAAAACAUGCACACUAGUGUCUAAUACUUACUCCCGAAUCAUGGUUGUGACCUAAUAUGUAAUUUUAUGCAUAGAUAGGUCAUUAAGGUUCUACUUUCUAUCAACUUGAAAAGCGUAAAGAAAUUUCUAUCUGGUGUAUGUUGUGUAAAUAUCAGCUAUGUUGAAUGGGCCAUGUUGGUCUUAUGAUUUCUCAUGGUCUCUGGAGAAAGCACUACCGAGAUACUAAUGUUCACAGCUGAUGAGAUCCUGCUCUGAUAUGCUAGCUAAUGUGAACAUAUUAUCUUUAAGUGUGCUUAUUUUUAUUGGACGCUUCCCCUGUUUUCGUUCCAACUAGAGACAGUCCUCCUGUAGUGUCAUUGAGUUAUCUACUUGUCUUGGCCCACUCACUUAUUGCCAAAAAAACUCUUCAUUUACAUGGUGAGAAUGCUCAGCAUAGAUUCUUCCUAUCAAAUUCUCUGUUUUUUCACAGAAAGUUCCCCCUUAUUUACGACAGGUUUCGGCUUUCCAUCUCUCUCUCUCUCUCUCUCUCUCGCUAGCUAGUAUGUAACAUGAGAUCUUUCCACCAAAACUGUACUUUCCCGACCUUCCACCGUAGUUGCUAGAUUUAGCAUGAAUUCAUAUCCCACGGGCAGUCCCUGGCCCACCAGUUUAGUUUAUGUCACGUUUAUAGAUCUCAUAUCCAUCGUUCUCGAAUCCAGAUUGGUGUUCCAUUAACUUAGGGCCGUUAAUAGCUGGUCUAAUUCCGCGAUAAAAGAGCUCUGUUUCCAAAGAUAAGAUAGCCUUCCUGGUAAAGAAGAGGAAAAAAAGGUGCUGUCAUCUAUCUCGACCAGUUUCCAUAUGAGAUGCAUGUGCCUGCUGCUCUCUGCUCCCAUAUAUCUGCAUAUGCAAAAACGGGAAGUCGUGUUUCUUCAGCAACCAUCGGAUCCUUCCUUUUUGUCUAUUCUUUUAUAUGGGUUUUCUUUAAAGGAACAGACCAUCCCCGAAAGAGACCUGCUGCGCGUUUAAAAUCCUCACUUUCUGUAAAUGAAAGGCUAUUUCUUGGUUCCCGUUAACUGGAGUGCUUUCUGCAACCAGGCGGCCCGAUUUGUGCAACAACUGCAAGCGGCCAGGACACUUCGCAAGAGAGUGCGCCAAUGUCGGUGUGUGCAACAACUGUGGCCUUCCAGGGUAAGCAAGCAUUUAUGACGAUAACCCUCGAUUCUCUUCCUCAAUCCGUAGAGAAUCAUAGAGAGAGAAAUCAUAGUUCAUCCUGGACCUUACUAUUUAUUGACUUCAUUGGCUUCUUUCUUGAGAGGGAGAAAUGAAAUGAAUGAACCCACGUUGAACUUUUGUGUGUGUGGGCAGUCACAUAGCGGCGGAGUGCACCGCGAAGGCGCUAUGCUGGAACUGCAAGGAACCGGGGCAUAUGGCGAGCGGGUGCCCGAACGAGGGCAUCUGCCACACCUGCGGCAAGGCCGGGCACCUCGCCAGGGACUGCACGGCGCGUGAGCGCCCGCCAGGGGACCUGCGGCUCUGCAACAACUGCUACAAGCAGGGCCACCUCGCGGCAGACUGCACCAACGACAAGGCCUGCAACAACUGCCGCCAGACGGGCCACCUCGCCAGGGACUGCCAGAACGAACCCGUCUGCAACCUCUGCAACGUCUCCGGCCACCUCGCGCGGCACUGUCCCAAAGCCGACGCCUUCACCACCACCGCCGCCGCCCCCGUCUACCGCAGCGGCGGCGCCUUCCCCGCCGCUGCGCGGGGAUUCCCGCAGGUGGGCCUCGGCGGCGCCGGCGGCAGGGGGGACUUCAUGGCCCCGCCGAUGAUGAUCUGCCACAACUGCGGCGGGCGCGGCCACCUGGCCUAUGAGUGCCCCUCCGGCCGCUUCCUCGACCGGGUCCUCCGAAGGUACUGA